GCCGCCAUUUUGUGCCCCGCCGCCACUCGAGGCACGCGAGGAGGGUCUGCUGUCCUCUGGUGCUGAGAUGAGGGGGUGCGGGCGAAGUCCCCGAGAAUGGGCCGAAGCCGCUGGGCCGUGGUGUGCCCCGGGCUGGGCAGCAGCCGCCCGUUGGCUUUAUCUGCUGAAACCCACUGAUCCUCAGUCUUGGUCCUGGUGCAUAUGGCACAGCGGUCUGCAGGUACAAGGCGGGAUUGGAGUUCUGUGGGUCACCACUCUCCAAGGCCGUGCCAUGAGAGAGGAGGGGAAAAAUAGAAUAUGGAGGGGGUCGUUAAGCAGUUUUUCUCCUGUGAAAUGGAGGAGCCACUGACUGCGUGUUACGUCUUGGAUGAGACCAAAGCAGGCUAUUAUUAGAGAGGCACUUGGAAGAGAGCCCCUGGGACACGUCCCACUUCAGUUGACAGCAGCAGCCUUGGAGCAUUGCUUAGGGCAUCUGCCUGCCUUUGAAGCCGUAGUGAUGGCAUCUUCGGUGUCUGUAGUCAGGUGCAAGAGCACAUCAGGGAGAUGAAUAUCCUAUCUUGCUUUAUGUUCAGAUACACUGGGAUUAGUGGUACAGGAGCAAGUGGUUCAAAGCUUGUCUCACUAAGCCUCAUCGAGGGCUUUGCGGAGGCAAACUUGGCAGUGUAUUUUGUCAAGAGCUAUGUAUUACCUCCUUGUCAUGUGCAGUUACCCAGCAGGUAUGAGGAAGGUGAUUUAUUGUUUUCCUGCUGGGGCAUGAAAGAUGAGAGCUGACUCCCUAGACUGAUGCCAUUAACGGCUAACACAUAAAUAGGGAAAAACAGCAGGUGAUGAGCUGCUGGAGUGAGACUAGACAUAGGGAGGAAGGCAAAUGGGAGAACAAACAGCAUACCUGUAACCCAAAACAUAUCUAAAACAUAACCCAAAACAUAACAUAACAACACUAAGUGUUGUAAGAAGGGUUGGUCUCCCAGGUACUGCAGAGGAGAGGAUACCAUAGCGUGCUUCAAUAUAUGUUUUACCUUCCUCUUUCUAAUGUGACAGCCUCAUAUAUUUAUUUCAAUUAAAAGGGCUCACACAGUUCUUGUAGCGUUACCCUUCCUCAACAGCUGCAUGUGUGAAGAAUUACUUUAGAUUUGCUGCAAGGGAAGAGGGAGAAAUUUAUUUUAGAUUUCCCACAAAAGCCACAGCGGGAAACAAAGGCAUUAAAGGUGGAGAGUGUCUGGCGUGAUGGGGAUGUAAGGCUUGUGCUGAUAACUAGAGGACUUGUGUAAGACCGACCUGCCUUCCCACAGGGACCUGACUAAGGCAGUGUGCUCACCAUGCUCUGAGGAACUGCAGCACACACGCAUUUCUCUGCAAAAGCAUGUCCCCCUCUGUCAGCAAAAGGAGAAAGGCUGAAUCUCUCAGCAGAGCACCAGAGUUCUGGUAGUACAAAAUGUUUCCAGCUCCAGCUGCUGCAGAGAAUGAACUGGGUCUGAGGAACUGGAGCAGAGCAAGUCCCGCAGCAUCUGAGAGGGUGGUUUGUCAUUACCCUUGUCAUCUGUCCCCAGCUGACAGGACACAUAAGCUGCACAGGGACAGCAUGAAGACUUCUCUCAUAGCUUUCCUGUGCUUUGAGUGAAAACACGGGUGCAGCUUUGUCAUUCUGAUCUAGCUAAAUGGCAGGGUGUAGAAAGGGAGCACAGGUCUUCUCCAGUGAUGCCCACAGAUCAGCAGUGGUAUUUUGGCCCUGAGUGGCUUAUCUUCUUUUCUGAAAUUUUUCUAGUGGCAGUCAUCUCUUUCUCCUUUCCUUCCCCCCUGCCUGCACUUGAAAAGUUUUCACCAAGAGAAACAGACCCAUUCUAUGCUGCCAGGGCAAGAAGUGUAAGUCAGAAAAUUAGAAACUAACCUUCCAUGGGGUUACAGUGAGGGGAGGGCCAGACUUGUAGCAUUACAAACUAAGUUUGAAAAUAAUGGAAACUCUAGGUGCUGAAAGUGGCUUAAUUGCUCCAAGUAACAUGGAGGUUGCUGGCCCAAAUAGCGUAGCUGAUGCUUCCAAGCAACUUGGUCUUGUGUUCUUCAGCCAAAACAAACUGGGGGCUGGGGGAGAAAGUCAGAGAAUGUGUCUACUAUGCAUGUGUUAGCAGAUAAACUUCUUGCUCUUGGAAGGGAAACAAAUGAUGAACUCAGGAAUAAGCAACAGUGGAAAGGAGGUCUGUGACUGAAAUGCUCAAAUCCUGUCCAGUGACACUGUUGUAACUGAAGUGAUAAGCAGCCUGACUGCAGUAGCUGGCACUGUUUUCCUCUUUUUCAUCACACCCUGGCUCCAGUUUGAAUAUUACCUCGACAGUAGUAUCCCCUCCCACUAAUAAAACAAAGGGGAGUGCAGUUCUGACAUGCUAUCUGCCUUGUGCUGAUUGUAGGCACACUGAGAGAGGAUCUUCUAAUUUUUGUCUUCUCUCCAGUAUGAGUGUCAGCUUCUUAGGUGUGGAUUCUUUCUUCCAGGAGAGAGACUGAAAGCUAGAAACCAGCUAACAGCUUAACACUCUCAGACCAAUGAGGGAAGACUACAGCUGAACUAUUCAAUUGUGAGCUACUGCAGUGCAGGUCCACACCACCGACUUCCCCGGCAACUACCCCGGCUACGACGACGCGUGGGACCAGCGGCGCUUCGAGGAGGCGUUCCGCGUGGACGUGGUGCGGGAGGAGGACGGCGUGCUGGAGUUCGACAUGGUGGGCAUCGACGCGGCCAUCGCCAACGCCUUCCGCCGCAUCCUGCUCGCCGAGGUGCCAACGAUGGCUGUGGAGAAAGUGUUUGUGUACAACAACACGUCCAUCGUGCAGGAUGAGAUCCUGGCGCACCGCCUGGGCCUUAUCCCUAUCCGGGCCGACCCUCGACUCUUUGAGUACAGGAAUCAAGGAGAUGAAGAGGGGACAGAAAUUGAUACUCUGCAGUUUCAGCUGAAAAUAAAAUGCAGCCGGAAUCCUCAGGCAGCCAAGGAAUCAUCUGACCCAAAUGAACUGUAUUUCAAUCACAAAGUGUACAGUAAGCACAUGACAUGGGUGCCCUUGGGGAAUCAGACAGACCUCUUUCCGGAUGCUGACUUCCGACCUGUCCAUGAUGACAUCCUCAUAGCACUGUUGCGACCUGGGCAGGAAAUAGAUGUGCUCAUGCACUGUGUCAAGGGCAUAGGUAAAGAUCAUGCCAAGUUCUCUCCUGUGGCCACAGCUAGUUAUCGACUGCUUCCUGACAUUACUCUCCUGCAGCCUGUUGAGGAUGAGGCAGCCGAGACGUUACAGAAGUGCUUUUCCCCUGGAGUCAUUGAGAUCCAGAACAUCAAGGGAAAAAAGGUGGCAAGAGUAGCCAAUGCACGGUUGGACACAUUCAGCAGGGAAGUCUUCCGACAUGAGGGUCUGAAAAACCUUGUGCGCCUGGCAAGAGUGCGAAAUCAUUACAUCUUUUCAGUGGAGUCGACAGGUAUCUUGCCUCCAGAUGUGCUGGUGACCGAAGCCAUCAAGAUACUGAUGGGAAAGUGUCAGCGUUUCCUGAAUGAACUGGACAGUGUGCCUAUGGAGUGAGCACGCUGUAGCCAAGAAGCAGAACCCUGUGCUGCUGUUUUGGGCUUCCUGCUCCAGCCUGCAGGAGUGGUUCUUCUGCCCUAGGCAUGAGUUUUGAGAUGGAUUUGUUAAGAGCCCUGGGACCAUCUCUUUGAACUGGUUUUGUGUGUGAUGAGCCUCAGUGAGGAGAUGCACCAAAAUAAAAGCUUUCUUUUA